AGAGUUCUCUCGUGUGAUGCCUGACCAAGUCGUAUUGCAGGCUAGGAAUCGAGCCUACGUGAUGUUUAACGGUUAAACCUUAUACGCUCUUUUUGUAAGAAUCUUUUAAUAAGAACGUAGAGCCUCAGAUAGCAGCAAAAAUACCCUGGGUACCAGAGCUUCCAAACUUCUCUCGUCCAGUGACCCUCAGCCAAAAUGCCGUGAAGAGCGAAGCGAAAAAAAAUUGAUGCGUUCUAAAAUGCAGAAUCAAAAUUGUUCAUUGGGUAUUAUAUUUUUAUACUGUAUACCGUGGACAUCCUUUAGACAAUUCUCCAAAAACAAGAACGGCCCAGUUUCAACUGAAGAUUAGACGUUUUUAUAAAAAGAAAGAAAGUAUACGACCACGAAAUACCUUCUUUGAAUUAAAAAGACAAGACAGAAUACAUUAAGACGUUUUUUCUUUGUUGUCUAUAAUGUUUUUAUUUGGUCCGUUUGGUGAUUCGCUGAAGAAAUCAAGAAAGCAGCAGCUGUAAAUUUAUACGAACAGUUUGGUUGACGUAGUUUCGCUUAUUCUGGAAUCCGGCUAAUUCUGUUAUUGCUUUUUUAUUAAAAUUUAAGCUCCUUGGGGAAUCUACCCGAAACCACUCUUUUCUGAUCUUUUUUAGAUAAACCUAAAUUCUAGGUUUGAUCUGUACUAGUUUUACUUUGCUUUAAAGACAAAUGUUUGUUGAUUGGAGUUUUGAAUCCUAUCUCGGCGUCACGCAUUCAAAUUAGUAACACAUAAACAAUACCGGUCUCUUUAAGCUACGUUGGGUUUUGUAUAAUUACCGCGUUACUCAUGGAUGACUUGGACUUUAGACUCUCAUCUUGAGAACUACCUUUGCCGUGUUAAUAUUGCUCCCAAAUGCUCGGUCUGAUCGAAAUAUUGAACUUCGUGCUUGGGAAUUAGAAUGAAGGCCACCACUCGGAGAUCUCGGCGGCGCUACCGAAAAUCGGCUAAAAACGAAAGCCAAACAACACUAGAGAAAAAUGAUGUUGAAGCUCUAACAGAAAAACAACCGCGAUCGGAGCAAAACAAUCGCAAUUCAGUCAUGAUUGAUAGGGAGACUGUGCAAGCAGAGAGCCCUUGGCGGGUAAACGGGUACUUUGCACAUUGCAAGAACACACUACACGCGAAAGACGUCCCACUAGAGGCCCGCGACCCGCACACGAUGACGGGAUAUCGGAGUUUCGGGACGCUUAGCGUACGCGACUGCAUUCGCACCAUGUUCAGCUCGCAUAACGAGAUCGUGGACAUCUGGAGUCACCUGUUGCCCGCGCUAGCCUUUAUAGCUUACUUCAUUUAUGUAUUCAAGGACCGGGCCGUGGUCGGGAACCCUGAGGUUUACCCGUUGCUGUGCAUAGCGAUCGGCGGGAUCACCUUCCACGUGGGUAGCGCGCUAGCUCACUUAUUCAGCUGUCUGUCGCUACGGGCGAAUCACCUGUGCUUCUACAUGGACUACGCGGCGAUCAGCAUUUACUCGCUGACCGCGGGGCAGAGCUUUUAUUUCUACUCGCGGCCAUCGCGUACCGAGUGGACGCUGAUCUCGUCCCCCGCGCUCUACUUGUGCGGUAACAUGGUUAUGUGCCUUCUUAACAUGCUCCUCAGCUGCGCGUCGCGGCACAAGAUGCGCUCCAUCCGCUUCUACGUCCGCACACUUCUCUACGUCUUCAAAUGGAUGUAUGACAGCAUGCCGCCUUUUCUGCGCGUGGUCACGUGUAGUUCCACCGCUGACUGCUACCCGCCGGCUCUCACGAUGCUCUACCUGCAGACGGCGUUUUACGCGGUGGCGGCGCUGGUGAACGCCUUCCGUAUCCCCGAGUGCUGGGCGCCGGGCACGUUUGAUCUGAUUGGACGAAGCCAUCAUAUCAUGCACGUGUUUGUGACAGUAGCGUACUAUUACUGUUUCCAGGCCGGGUAUAUGGACAUGGUGGGCCGGGCCGCUACCCUGGCUACCCUCCCUCAGCCCACGGCUUUCCUCACCUUUGGCUUGCUAGGGAUACUCACCGUUGGGAACGUUAUUAUCGGCGUGUUGUGCGCACGCGCGUGGCUGGUCGAGGAAGAUUGGGUCGGGCAGACGCGCGGGAAAUACCCAGUGAUUUACAGAAGGACGGGAAAUUAUGAGCAAGUUAACAAUGAUGAAAAUGUCAAAAAAUGACCAUGUCUUACAUACUUCGACCGAUGAAACAAUCUUUUUAUCUAUUUUGUUUAGAUCCGGUUUAUAUUUGUCGUAAAUAAAAAUAAAAACUAAAUGUGCGCUCUA